AUGAAGGCUGAGUUUCAAGAUUUUGCCGAUCAGAUGAUGCCGUGCAAAGGGCCGCGUACUAAACGUCCCCGGGCAUCGCCCCCGGUUGGGGUGGCUGUUGAUUCUAGCCCUUCCCGGGAUGGUGAUAGUACUAAGCAUCCCCCAGUUGGUGUGGCCUUUGAUUCUAGCCCUUCGGAGGAUAGUGGUUCGUCGCUUGUUCAUUCUCCGGCAAGUUCUUGUAGUCAGAUGUCCAUGGCAACCCAGGAAGACGAGAACAUGGCGCAUUGCUUGAUUCUCUUGGCAAAAAGUGCAGGUAAUGAUGUUAAGGUAGAGAGAAUUAGUUGCCGGAAAUCCUCUGACGCUGACACGGCCGCCGCUGUGGCCACUGUGACCGCAGUGGCCACCACCACAAGUGUUUACGAGUGCAAGACAUGCAACCGGAAAUUCCCAUCAUUUCAAGCUCUUGGUGGCCAUAGAGCAAGUCACAGUAAGCCCAAACUCAUACCGGAGGAUCACAAAAAAUCCACACCGCUCGAUCACCAAGAAAUUCAAGACAAAACACUCGAGAAAACAAACAAGACUAAGAUUCACGAGUGUUUGAUUUGUGGGUCACUGUUCUUUUCGGGCCAAGCCUUGGGUGGCCACAUGAGAAGACACAGGCCACUACACAUCAACACCACUACUACCAUGAAGGAUGCUUCCAUGGAGGAUGAUGAUGAUAAAGAGAAGCCUAAACCUGUUUUCACACUUGAUCUUAACUUACCUGCUCCAGAUGACGAUGAAGCUGAUGACGAAGAUACAACCAUGUUUGAAUUCUCAGACAAGCAACAAAGCUCUGCUUUCUCCACCUCGGCUAUGGUGGAUUGUCAUUACUAA